GUUAUAAUAUUUCUACAGGCGAUAAUAAAGCGAAAGCAGAUGCUUUGAAAAAGUUGAUGCUGAUGGUUAUGAAUGGUGAAAAACUAAGUCCAAGCCUUAUGAUGAAUGUGAUUCGCUUCUGUUUACCUACAUCAGAUCAUACAAUCAAAAAAUUGUUACUUCUUUUCUGGGAAAUUGUACCAAAAACUGACAACGAUGGUAAACUUUUGCAUGAAAUGAUCCUCGUUUGUGACGCAUAUCGUAAAGAUCUUCAACAUCCUAAUGAAUUUAUUCGUGGAUCUACUUUAAGAUUUCUUUGUAAACUUCGCGAACACGAUUUGCUUGAGCCACUUAUGCCUGCCAUUCGCUCUUGCCUUGAGCAUCGCCAUUCAUAUGUACGUCGAAAUGCUGUUCUUGCCAUAUUCACAAUAUACCGAAAUUUCGAAGAUCUUAUUCCUGAUGCACCAGAAUUGAUAUCGAAUGUAUUGAAUAAUGAACAGGAUGCGUCUUGUAAGCGAAAUGCGUUCAUGAUGCUAUUACAUGUUGACCAGUCUCGGGCAUUAGACUAUUUGUUUGAUGUUAUGGAUCAAGUUACAUCCUUCGGUGACAUAUUGCAGUUGAUUAUUGUUGAACUUAUUUAUAAGGUUAGUUUUUUGCCUCUUAUUUUCAAAAUUUUCCAAUCUUGA